AUGAUAUCUAAUGCACGCCUUGUUCACAGCCCUCCGUAUUCUUCAGAAGAUUGGCAGACCUUCACUCAUCCUGAAGGAAAGCCCUAUUCGGUUCUCAAGUUGAACAAGUUCCACGUGGUCACAGAGGCAGCUGUUUCCCGGCCCGAAGUCAAGGUUGUUGUAGGGCUUUGGGUUGCGGUCAUAGAAGCCUGGGCUUCUGAGCUAGGCUUGGUCAUGCAUGACUGCGAUGAGCUGUGGCUCGAACUCGAGCCUGAGAAGUGCCGCUACUUCUUCGUCGACCACUCGAACCGCACGGUUUUCUGGUUGAAUGCACAAACUUCUUCCGAACUUGGCCUUCCCGAGUCCCACUCGGCUAAUCAUAUCAAGCAUGCUUUGGAGGCAGAAUACUGGCAAUUCGUUGAGCAGUUUCCCAUGCAUUUUGGUGGCGUCACCAAAGAAGCCUUCGAUGAGCUGUUCAACACCUUCUUACACGGUCAAGCAGAUCAAUUGACCUCAGGCGUCAGUACAUUUCCGUACUCAGCUGAGGAAUGUGCCACUUUCAACAACAUCCUCCGCGAUAGCCGUGACCGAAUUGCCGACGGACGCGUUACGUGUUUUGUUGCUCGUCUUUGGGUUUUCUUGUCCACCUACAGGCACCAGACACAUUACGGCGAGGAGCACUGUCGGCUUUCUAGAGACCAAGCCAUCCUUGUGGCACCGGAGGCCAAACGCAGCCUCAUUCUGUCCGCGCUCUCACUUAUGCUCUUCAAUAUACCUGAAGGAUACCGCAAACGUUUCCAAGAUUUAUUUGUUGACGAUUUGGCUUAUCUGAGUGUAUGGAGGAGCUUUGUCAACGAAACUUCUGACGAGUGGAAGACACUUAUGCAAUGGGCUUUUGGUCUCCUGAUAUCUAACUUGCUGGUGUUACCCUCGGCAGCUUUGCCGGCUGCGACUGUGUCCUCUGUGGUGCUCUCCACAGCGAGUGUUGUCAUGACCGUUAUUAUGUCCCAGCACCAACAGGGACUCGCCAAAUGGGACACAGGUGAAGCAGCUGUUUACCUCAACGAACACAAGUCGUCUUACGGGUACCAGCCGAUCGCGACCGUUUACGCUCUCCCGAAGGGUCUUUUUAUCUGGUCAUUAAUCGCCUUUUUUGCCCAAGGACUCUACAUGCUCUCGCGUUAUGCAGGAUUCCCAGUCGCAGUCGUCUCUUUGGCUUUCAUCGGUGUCUUCGUGCUUGCGGUCUGGAGUACGCUUUUGCCUGGAUCCUUUCGGAGCAGUUUCAGCUGGCCUUCGUUCGGGGUUCGCAGCCGGGGUCCUUCCCUACCUGAGAAUAGCGAAGUAUAA